GUCAUUUGUCAGAGUUGGUAAUCUGUCAUUGAUAGUCUACGACGAGCCCUCUGAAUCUGAAUCAUAUCUGCAUAAUAAUAUAAAAAAAACUUUAGUUGACUUGGUUGAAUUCACAUUUUCAUACUAAAACAUUUACGAUCGUCGCGAAACAGUUAACAAAUUUAUUGAUUUAAAUAAGGAAAGUAGGCUUGUUCUAUAUUUUAUAUAUUUUGAAAUUGUGACAGUUGAUUAAUUUGCUUGCUAAAGAAAUUAAAAAAAAAACAAAUAUACUUUCCAAACAUGGCGUUAAAUACUGCACAUUUAAAUGGUGGUGUAUUGAUACAUUCAGGUGAAAGUAUUCUCCUCUUUUCUGAUAAUGUUACUUUGGAAUGGUCUGGGCAGGAUGAUCCAGUAUUUUCUGGAAAGAAACAUGGCAGGAUGUAUUUAACAACACACAGAAUGAUCUAUAAUGCUAUAAGUGAUAAAGAACCUAUGCAAUCCUUCAGUUUUCCUUUUGUUGCAUUAAGUGAUGUGGAUAUAGAACAACCUGUUUUUGGAGCAAAUUAUAUAAAAGGCAAAGUAAGAUCACAACCUAAUGGUAAUUGGAUAGGUGAAGCUAAAUUUAAGUUAACUUUCAAACAUGGAGGAGCCAUAGAUUUUGGGACAGCAAUGUUGAAAGCUGCACAUUUAGCAACAAGACAAGGAUAUAGUAGUGAACCACCACCUUAUAAUCCACCUCAAGGAAACUGGUACGAGGCCCCUCCUUCAGCUUAUGCAUUUAAUCCAACAGCAUACUAUGGAUGGAUACCCCCCACUGCAAUGAAUGCAUUUCCUGAUCGUCCUCCUAGUAAUACUGUUUUUAUGAGUGAUGCACCUCCUCCAUAUCCAGGUGUUAUUGGCUUUCAAACUCCACCUCAGCAAGGUAACUAUCCCCCACCACAACAAGGUGGAUAUCCUUCUCAACAAGGUAGUUACCCUCCUCAACAAGGUAGUUACCCUCCUCAACAAGGUGGUUACCCACCUCAACAAGGUGGAUAUCCUCCUCAGCAAGGUGGAUAUCUUGCUCAACAAGGUGGAUAUCCUCCACAACAAGGUGGAUACCCUCCACAACAAGGUGGCUAUCCUCCUCAAAAUGGUUAUCCCUCACAAGGGGCAACUGGUUUUCAACACAAUUCAAUGAGUUCCGCAGAUGCAAAAGCUGCCGAAGCAGCUCAAUCUGCUUACUAUGAUCCCAAUAGGCCUCAAAUGGCGUAUGUACCACCACCAGCAUACUAUGAGAACCCACCAAAUUAUUACCAAGCCACUGAUAAAAAAACACAGUAAAACUUACUUUCAUAACAAAUUUAAUUUUAUUAAGUAUUUUUGCUUUAUUCUUGUUAUUCUUUUGUAAAUGUGAGCACAUAACUGGCAUUCCCUAUUACCAUUAAUGUAGUCUUUAAUUUACUUGUUAAGCAGUAAAUACCAAGUUAUCUAUUGAAUUGGGUUUUAAUAACAGUAUUUUUUGGUAGCCUAAGGAGGAAAUGAUUUAUAUUCUUAAUAGAUAUUUUAAAUAAGAAAGAUGCUAAAGCAAGCUUCAUGUUAAGUAACAUAUAAGAAAUUAUAAUAUUGUAAUAUUUAUAUUCACCACAUACAUUUAAAAUUGCUUGU